CCAACGUCAAAGAAGCAGCAUCAAACGUGUACAGACAUCCAGUCCAUACAGUAUGCAAUGUACAUGUACAUGUACAUCAUAUAGCUAGCUAACGUAACGUACAUGUACAUGGACGAGUGGUGCAUGCAUUGUGUGCACAUAUAUCCAUACGUGAUAUACACACGUACCGCGUUCUCAGAGCCUAAGUGGUGAACGGAGCAACGCACAUUUUUCGGUCUGUUAGAAGCGUUAAAUCUCAUAAUCAUCUUCACAAAGUAAACUAGCUGCUAGCAUAUGUGCUGGGUUAUGAUAUGGUCUCUCGCAUUGUGCAUUAACGUACAAUCCAAGAGUGUAUUUUUGGACGUGAAUAUCUCGAUGUCGGCCGCGCGCUAUGUGGGAAGUUCGUGUGAAACCAUUCCCUGCACAAGCACCAUGUUUAUGUAGCUCUUCCUAUUAUGCAAAUGAGCAUCGUCAGAUUCUCGAUGGCCUCUGACCCCUGUGUGGUUGUACACAAAAGCACGUGGUUUUGAGGUCUCUCUUGCUCGUGUUGUUGGUCGUGUUGUUCAUCAGCAUGACAAGCAAGGCAGAAGCUUUGCCAGUGAGUACUGGCCACCCAGAAUCCUGGAAUUUAAGGCCAGAUUCUGUGGAAGAUGGCAGCACUUUUGAGAUUUCUGAAAAUCAAAAUUGGAUGGCCUCAGCCAAGACUGACACUCAUCAUCAGGAAAGUGUUAACUGUCCCAGUGCCAGUUUGUCUGAAACAAACAAUGCCCACUCACAAACAAAACUUGAGGACACUUGUCUUCGGGAAGUUCCUAAUCAGAAGCAGACAUCGGAAUCUGAUGUUGAUGGCGUGGAUACAAAUGCUAAGAAGAAGCGACAUGCUUCGAUGUCCCAUCCUGGGAACCACAAACCGAUGGGACGGAAGCGUCGAAAGACCACGGACCGUGGUGCCACACAUCCAAAGUUCCUGAUGGGAGGGAGCAUUACGGAUCCAUUAAAUCUAAACAGUCUCUGCAACGAGGAAGUCUCGCGCUGCUUGAACGCUGUCACGCCCAUCUCUUCUCCUCUCCCUAUGCUCAAUAAGGACCCCAAUCCUGUCCUUGUUCCGAUCGACGUGAGUGACCCACUCAAACUGAACACGGUUUGCGGUGAAGCAGAUGACACCACCAGUCUGACAAGGACCCUGACUCCAAAAUCGACGGGCAAGAAACGCAAAAAACGUGGGGACAAGCUGAACGAGUCACACAGUGCUGACGAAGCCACGAUCGUCAAGAGCAAACCGGCUAAUUUGAAUCUGGAGGGUAUCCAAAGACCUCCGCACCAUGGCAGCAUGUCAAAGGUCCCUGAUAAGAUUGUCUCACCGGUCAUCCCAGACAACUGUCAAAGUUAUCGCAAGCGAAAAAAACAGGAGCCUACGACAAAAAUUGCCAGGGCUCUGCUUGUCGAAAAAGCAGACUCUGAUCCAAAGGAGGUCAGUCCGGACAAAAAAGCGCCCCCACACAACAGAGACAGAUCGACACCAGAGAAGCGCAAGUACAAACGCCAAACGAGCAAAGAUGCCAAACCACAACCGCCAAAGUUUAAGGAGCAGAACAAGAAGUUUCAGUAUGGAAAUUACCACCGUUACUACGGUUACCGGAACCCCGAUCAGGAGGACGAUUCGAGAAUCCCUUUCCUUAAAAGGAAGUGGUUUGAAGGGCAAACCUGCUUGGACAUUGGCUGCAACUCGGGUCAUGUGACCCUUUACGUAGCCAAAAACUUUGCCCCCGAUAGGAUCACUGGGAUCGACAUUGACGGAGCUCUGAUUGGAAUUGCCCGAAAGAAUAUCCGCCAUUGCCUGGAAAUGGACAAGAAUCCCGAGCAGCGGAAGUUCCCUGUUUCCAUGGAAAAAACGUACGGUCCGGUUUUAUCCAUGGGACAGCCAGUCAAGUCUGCAGCAACCACAGCGAAGUUUCCCGGGAAUAUCUUGUUCAGAUGUGCCAACUUUGUUCCCGAGAACGACGACAUCCUGGAACUGCAGAGGCCAGAAUACGACACUGUUCUGUGCUUGAGUGUCACUAAGUGGAUCCACCUGAACUGGGGGGACGUGGGCCUCAAGCGUCUGUUCCGUCGAAUCUUCCUGUGUCUGCGACCUGGAGGCCGGCUGAUCUUGGAGUCACAGGCCUGGCCAUCCUACACCAAGAAGAAAAAGCUCACGGAGACAAUCUACAAGAACUUCAAGCAGAUCCAGCUGAAACCCGACAAGUUCAAGGACUACCUGUUGUCCAGUCACGUGGGGUUCUCUAGCUGUGAGACCAUCGGCACGCCACUCAAUAAAUCCAAAGGUUUCAGACGCCCUAUUUUGAUGUUUACAAAGCUAAUCACAUCGAGAGCCAGCUCAGCCAAGCCUAAGACCAUCCUCAAGUCAGACCAUGGGGCGUCAUCAACUCACAAAAUGGAGGAGUUCGCGGAACCUUCCAAACGUGAAGCGCCCUCUACUGGUGACCCCACACACCCUGCUGCUUCCCAGGGCAUGACCUGUGACCCAAAGCCAGUCAGCACUGAGCGUGAGCAGGCUGCACAAGACAUCGAAGAGAAAGAUUUAAAGGUCGUAAUAUCCGAAGAGCCUGAGACGAAAGAGGCCGCGGGCGAAAGCGAGAACAAAAAUGAAGAAGUUGAGGUGGACGCUAAAUGCAGCUUGAAAGCGGAGAAGUCGCAUGAUGACAGUGAGAACAUUUGUUUGGAAAGCCCUCCGGCUAAGAAACUCAAAAUGGAACCCCCGGCAGAUUAGCCGCUGGAGGUAUAUUGGGUGGAGCUGAAAAUGUAAAGCAAAAAAACUCAUAUGUUCAAAGGCCAGUUCUUGUUUACUCAGUUAUUUUUUUUUUCCCAUUUUUGACUUUGAUAAAAUGUUAACGAGUGUAUGACUGUGGAUUAUUCAACAGUCUUCAACUUGCAUCAAGACACAUAUCUGAAUUAGUGCCGGCAUGGCAUGUUAAAUGAUUAUUUUCAAUUUUUGCUUUUAGCAAAUUGUUUUUGGAAUGGAUAAAACUUGUGGAAAAAGUAUUAAAGUGUAUUGAAGGCAUAGUAUAUGACUGCUCUGUUGACAGAUAGCUUUAAACUAUGAUUUCAAACUCCGUUCAACUGAGUAAUUUGCAGACAGGUCUGUGAAGAUUUCAUUGAAGGGCAAAACCUAAUUUGAAGUUUUCAUUUAUAAAUUUCUGCCUUCUACCUUAAAUAGUAAUCUGGAAACAUAAAACAAUUCUCAAUUUUUUGUGUGAUUUGCACGACAUGGUUUCAGUGGUGCAAAGCGCACACUUUUUUUUUAUCAAGAACCAUUCAGGAUCGAGUUCAUGUGAAGUUGAACUUGCAGGGUUGAACUUGUUAACGCAACCAACACAUUUCAUGUUGUAAGGGAUUAAGGUUUCACCUUCUUGAAGGAAGUCCUUAUGCCAAGAUAAUUUAUCUCAAUCAAACCAUUUAUGUGGUUUCCUGUUUCGGAGGUAGUAGAGUUUAAGGAGCGGUUUUGUGUCGUCCUAAGUUACAUUUACUAGGUUUCCUGUUUUGGGGAAAUCGCAUAAUUUCUUCUGCUAGUCUUUUGAAGCGUGAUGGUAAUCUUGGUUCCUCAUUUGCUGAUAACGCCGCCAGCAUUUCAUUUCUGUAAAAUGGGGUUCAUCUCUUUGUAACCCCCCCCCCCCCAAAAAAAAUCAUCUGUGUGUGUGUAUUCUAAACAAACCCAUCCAUUUCCAGCAUUUUCAAGACUUUAGGACCAUCACAUUUCCAAUCUCUUUUUCUUGUUUGAACCCGAAAUUUCCACAUUUUUAGGAGAAGUCUCACGAGGCAAUUUUGUCAAGCAACUUUAAGAGGCAGCCAAAUGCACUGCAAGCGAAGAAACCAACAAGAAUUCAUAUUUCAGACAUUUUAUUACAGUUCUGAUGAUGGUAACAGAGAGAAAAAAAUGCGUUUUCUUCUUUGAGGUUGCUUGAAACAUGGUGCCUGUAACUUUCCCUUUGUGACAGUUGACUUAUCGCGUUAGAAUCGCGUCAACGCAGCUUGUGAAAUAUUGUCCAAUUACAUGAUAUACAAAUGGACGCGGAACACGCAAAAUCCGAGACAAAACUUAGUGUACAAAAACUCCAUAGGGUUGUCUACGGGGCGUGACUAACUCGCAAAUGGCAAUAGGUCAAUUUCCUUACCCCUCCCUUUCAACAUUAAUUCAGCUACUGGUUUUGCUUGAUUCAGGGAGGAGAUUUGUCAGGUUUUUUCCAGAU